UUUCGAGGAAACCCGCGACUGCCCGCGACAUGCCAGCUGUUCUUGCGGUGUUAAAGGUACGAGUAAUGCAGUGUUACUAGAUUUGAAGCAAUAAAAAUACUAGAAUCGUUUGUGAGAAAAUGCGGCCAUUUUUCAACCGACGAAACGACAUUCCGUGUGCUCUUGGCGCUCUUGGCAUGCUUUGAAGUUUGAAUCAUCUUUCGGACUGCUCGGAUGGUUUAGAUCGACUACAAAGUCCAGAAAUUGAUAACCGAUGAAUCUCGAUGACUUUGUCAGCAAGCACUUGGAGCUGCUUGAGCUAGAGAGAGAUGAAGAAGUUGAACAAAAUGCGAAACUGCAGGAGAAGUUUUCACUCAAGGAGCUUCAGAACAAGGGACUGUGCAUCACGAGGCUUUUGUUAGGUUCCAGUCGCACUGGUCUGUACGGACGGAACAUCUGUAGGUUCAGAUCCUCCCACCAUGGCGCGCCACUCCCGUCUCACAAGUUCUCGAGCGGUGACAUUGCCGGGGUGGUCGUGGCCAGUGACCCUGGAAGGGAGGUCGUCUGCUCGGGCGUCGUUUCAAACGUCUCCCAGAACGACGUCACGGUCGCCUUCGACGAGGGGCGCGACGCACUGGACGGCGACGAUGGCCGCACUUUUCACCUCCUCAAGCUGGCGAACGACGUCACGUACAGGAGACUCAGAAGGACCUUGGAAAAGCUGUCGAAGGACAAGGAAGUUAGAUACUCGAGCCUGGUCGAAGUAUUGUUUGGGACAAGCACACCCGGCGAAAAUGCUGAAUCGUCGUCCACUCCUCUUUUAGAUUUCUACAACGACAACCUGGAUGACUCGCAGAGGGAAGCGGUACGGUUUUCCCUGAGGCAGAGGGAGCUUGCCGUCAUCCACGGUCCCCCUGGCACGGGGAAAACGACCACACUCGUUGAGGUCAUCCAACAGUGUGCCAAGCGGGGGGCUAAGGUCCUGGUAUGUGCGCCUUCCAACGUGGCGGUCGACAACCUUGUGGAGCGACUGUCGAAAAGCCCACUUCGGAUCGUGCGGUUGGGUCACCCUGCCCGGCUACUGCCAGGCAUCGCCAAACACUCCUUAGACGCCAUCCUUGCGAGCACGGACGACUUUGGGAUCGUGGAUGACAUUCGCAAGGAAAUUGACGCCAUCGUGUCAGCAGCAUCAAAGAACAAGGCCAAGGACGCCUAUUACAAAGUGCAAGGCAAGCUAAGUGAACUCCGGAAGGAGCUGAAGGAACGCGAGCGCAAGGCCAUGGGCCGAGUCCUGACCAAUGCCGACGUCGUCCUGUCAACCCUCACUUCCGCGUCCGACGACGGCCCCCUGAGGAACCUCCCGCGGAGCCACUUUGAGGUUGCGGUCGUCGACGAAUGCUCGCAGGCGCUGGAAGCUGCCUGCUGGAUGGCACUCCUCCGGGCUCCGAAAUGCAUCUUGGCUGGCGAUCACCUCCAGCUUCCACCCACCAUCGUAUCCGAGACCGCUGCGAAGGAAGGCUUGGCGGUCACGUUGAUGGAGAGGGCCCUCAUCCUUUACGGAGGCAGCAUCAAGCGGAUGCUGAACAUGCAGUACAGGAUGCACGAGGCCAUCAUGAAGUGGUCGUCGGAUCGCCUCUACGAGGGGCGGCUGGUGGCCCACGCUUCGGUCGCGUCUCAUCUACUCAGGGACCUGCCUGGUGUUGAGGACAACGACGACACUGCAACACCGCUUCUUCUUAUUGACACCGCCAGCUGCGGCAUGACUGAGCUUGACACUCCCGACGACGAAUCGAAAGGAAACGAAGGGGAGGCUGACCUGGUUGCGAUUCACGUGGAACGCCUGAUAUCCAGCGGAGUCGAUGCUUCCAGCAUUGCAGUUAUCUCUCCCUACAACCUGCAGGUGGAGCUGAUACGGCUGAGGUUGUCGUCACGUCACCCAGGCCUAGAAGUGAGGUCGGUAGAUGGGUUUCAAGGUCGUGAGAAAGAAGCGGUCGUCAUGUCUCUCGUGCGCUCCAACGAUGCUGGGAAUGUUGGGUUCUUGGCCGAGGACCGCCGGAUUAAUGUGGCAGUCACGAGGGCACGACGCCACGUGGCCGUUAUCUGUGACACUGUCACGGUAUCGCGCCACGACUUUCUGAAGUCGCUUGUCGACUACCUCACUUCCGAAGGGGAGGUGAGGAGCGCUCGAGAGUACAGCUCUGACCUGGAGCUGUGCUCGGCGGUCCGACCGCAGGGGCUGUGGCUGAACGAAGAGAAGAAGAAGCCAGUCAAGAAGCCAGGAGCCAAGUCAAAGACGACAACAGCCCACCUCGGAACACUGCAGAAAGGGGGUGUUCAACGUCAAAAAUACCCCGCCACAGGAAACGACACCCGGCAGCACUCCCAAAAACCAGAGGACGACGUCACCCUUGGACGGAUAUGCAAGGAAGUGGAAGCGUUCGUUGCUUCGGGCAGCACCGAGCAGGCAUUUCCUGCCACUUUGACAGCUUAUGAAAGGAGGCUCGUUCACGAGGUUGCCGAACGGUUCAGUCUUCUGCACGCCAGCGAGGGCGACGGAGAGGAACGACACAUUGUACUCAGAAAGCGCGCUGAAGCCAAACCGUCACCAAAUCGACCUUCUUCCGAAGCUUCUGCAGAGAAAACCACCGGCACCAAAAAGUCAAGCCCGAAAGAGCAACAGACAGUGUCGAGAUGCCCAGAUAAAACACCAGAAUCGGACGACGCAUCCACACCGUCCGACGAGUCAGACGGUGCAGAACACUCGGCGGCAGUUGAGCAAGCAACUAAGCCGAAGGCAUCGGUGUCUCUUAGAAAACAAAAGCAAAAGAAGCAUGUUGCAAAGGCAGCGAAUGGAGACACGAAAGAUGAAGACGACUUCGACAAACUCAUUGCGAGCGUCAUGGUAGCAGACCGAACGUGCGCGGACCCAACGUGUCCGGAGAAACUGCACACCGUACUCGCGGGAACGGGGGGACCCUGUCCCUUUUGUAAGCGAGGCUACUGCUUCAAACACGCGCUGCCGGAAGCGCACGGUUGCGGAGACGAGGCUCGUGCGCACGCCCGUGCGGCAUGGCUCAAGUCUCGAGGGGGCACUGUGGCUCCGCCCAGGCUGAGGCCCGACAAAAAGGCGCAGGUUCGCAAGGAGCUUAGCAAGCAGCUCGCCAAGAUGGCAGACUCCAGGAAACGGCAGACAAAAAAGUAGGGUGGGUGUCUGGUGCUGGUUAAUUUCUUUGAGCGACCCCGUUUUGGCUAGUCCGGUGGAUGUGUGGUUUGGUGGAAGUUGGGAUGGGCUCGCAGGUUUUACGCGGGCCCUGUAUUUUGUUUUGUACAAAGAUUGCCAAAGACUGUGAUUAAAGCGAGUUACCACUUCACUGGCAUUUUGGUUUUCGGCUUCCACUAGAGGCUUAUUUAUUUAUUUAUUUAUUUCAAAAUUCCGAGGGCCUGAUUCUUAGGCCAAGUGUAAGGGGCGUAUUUAACAAAAAAAAAGAAAACAUGCAGAUAUGAAUGUAUGUGCAACAAAUGUGACAAUUUAAUAAUUCAACGACGGAAACUAAAUUAAAUGUUUUUAUCCAACAUUUCUAAAAGAAAGAAAAAUUACUAUAAUGCUGCGCACGAAAGCAAU